AUGGACUAUUUCUCCCAGUCUACUUCUCGAGCCGAGGGCCAUAUCAACCCUGCAACGACACCCUCAAAUCGGCCACCGCGAACACCAUCUGCUCCCCAACAGCCGCCUGCGCCCUGUCUGCGCAUCCACAGACUGCCGUCAGCAUCUGGAGUUCCUCAUAUACAGGCCCGCGACUUCGGCGAUGCCAGUAACGAUGGCGAGUACACAGGACGUCGGCGGAGUUUCUCGGAUCCGCAGCGAGGACAAGUACAGCCCGUUCGGCAACAUGAGCUGAGAAGACAACGGACGGCCGCAUCACACAUGACCCCUUUGCAGGAGGAGAACGCUGUUGGAGGGCUCAAUGUGCCGGAGCCCAUACCACAGCCCCCGAGAUCCGCCGGCCGUCUGCGCGGUGCGAGAUCAUGGAAUUUAGGGGGACCAGCGACACCAGCCAACAGGGGCAGAUGGGCGAAUGAGUAUGAGAAUGAGAUAGUGGAUCUGUUGGACCUGGUUGAUCCGGAGGUUUCAACCCUUACCACGCUCAACAACGUCCAAAACUCGCUUUUCGUCCCCUAUCUGGGUCGAUACCUGAACCGCACAUCGACGUACAAUCUAUCAAGGCAUCCCACCACUGCUCCAAGAGCGGCACCUUCCGAUCAAGGCGACAGCGCCAGAGACGUGCUUGAGGCACGCCAACAAGGAGAUGAUGAAGCCGCAUCAGUUGCACUUGACGAUCUUGCCCCGCUCGCUCGCUCAAACACCGCGCUAUCUCUAAACACCAUCAAAUCUCACUUGAGCGGGACAUCCGAGGGCCACAACUACGCGGUCUUGCCUCAUGGCGUCAAGCUUGAGGGCUGGACCGAGCUGGACAAGGCGGAACUCAACGACUACGUCAGACAUCUCCUACAUUCUCGGAAGGCCAAGUUCAGGCGGGGCUUGCGAGGCUUCGGGAAAUACGUAAAGACGCCGCUUGGUGCCUUUGUUACCAUCUACUCAGUCCUCAUCACAUUCUGGGGCACCGCUUGGGUGCUGUUCAUCAUCGGCUGGAUCUACGUCGGCGGCCGCCAAGCCUACUACAUCGAAAUCUGCGACCAAAUCCUCGUCGCUCUCUUCGCCAUCAUGGGCAUCGGCCUGGCCCCUUUCCGCGCCGUAGACACCUAUCACAUGAUCUUCGUCGCGCACUACCACCGCCUAACCUGGCGUCUCCGCAAGAAACGCGGCCUGCCCAAACUUGAGGACCACAAUGACCUCCCCGUACCUCCCGCGGACGCCGACACUGAUGUCGAGGCCGCGAAGCCGGAACCACAGAACAUCGCUGAUGAGGAGGACAUUGUGUUGACGCCUGAGCAGCACGCGAAAUUCAAGCACCACCAAUCCAAGUUCGCGGCAUCGCAUACAUUCUACAAACCGCAUGAGACGCCCACGCACUACGCCUUCCCCCUCAAACUCCUGAUCGCCGUCGUGGUGGUGCUGGAUUGCCACAGCCUGUUCCAGAUGGCGUUGGCGGGGACGACCUGGGGCAUCUACUACAAAGUCCGGCCGAAGGCGCUGACGGCUGUGAUCCUGAGCUGCUCGAUUACGUGCAAUAUCAUGGGGGGCGUGCUGAUUUCGAUUGGGGAUCGGAGGACACGGAAGAAGGAGGUGCGGGAGGAAAUGUUUAGGCAGGCGGUUACGGAGGAGGCGAUGAAGAAGAUGACGAAGACGAGGGGGUUGGCGGUUAAGAGGCAGGCGGGGGAGGAAGGGGAGGGGGAGGGGAGGAAGAGUGAAGGGUCGUAG